AUCUGCAUAGAAGGUAAUAUUGGUUGCGGCAAGACAUCGAUGAUAAACUAUUAUUCACAAAUGAAUGGCUUGAUGGCUACUAAAGAACCUGUAGAUAAAUGGCGAAAUUUGGGCGAUCACAAUCUAUUUGGGCUAUUUUAUGAAGAUCCUAAGAGAUGGAGCUUUCUAUUUCAAUCGUAUGUCAUGAUAACAAUGUAUCAGAGACAUCAGCAUGUGGCAUCUUUGGCGAAAAACGCUUACUUAAUGGAAAGAUCGGUGUACAGUGCUAAUUAUUGCUUCGUAGAAAAUUUAAGAGCAGAAAAACUCAUGUCCGAUAGCGAAUAUAGGGUAUUACAGGCUUACUUUGAUCAUUUUACAGAUGCAGUUAGACCACAAAUCGAUAUGAUAGUUUAUCUUCAGUGUGCUCCGGAGAUUUGCUAUGAAAGAAUUAAACGCAGACAAAGGGUUGAAGAAAACCGGAUUACCUUGGACUAUAUACGCUGCCUUCACCAGCGUCACGAGGAUUGGCUCAUACAUCGAAAGUAUACACUACCAUGUCCAGUUACGGUAUGUUUUGUAAAGAAUUAG